GCUGGCCGAGUCUCGCGGUGUUUUCGGAGCCGCUGCUGCCACCACCGCCGCCGCUACCAUGUCCGGCUACUGGGACAUCCCGGAGGGCACUAACUGCCCGCGCAAGACCUGGUUGCUGGGGCGCCUCGGGGCCGGGCUCGGUUUGUUCGGCUCAGCUUACCACAUGGUUCUGUUCCCGCCGGACACAACCCUGCAGGUGGUUCAGAGGGCCUCGAUGGCUACGGUGACGAUGGCUACCAUUGGAGCCGUAUUUGGGUUGACCACGUGUCUCAGCGCGCAGAUCCGAGAGGCGCCAGACGACCCUCUGAACUACUUCAUAGGCGGCUGCGCAUCUGGCACCAUCCUCGGAGCCAGAGCUCACAGCUUUGCCACUGGCACAACGGCGUGUCUCAGCCUCGGCCUCGUGGCUACACUUACUAAAAUUGGCAAGAGGGAUGGCUGGCAGGUGACCUUUCCCCGAGCGUAACCCUGGAGCCUUCCCCCUGUGUCCUGUCCAGUAGAGGUCAUGCUGUGUGCCGCAGCCCUGGGCAUUGGCUGAGAUCCACAGAGAACCCUGGCUGCUCCGUGUCUGAACGGCCUGGGGCUGGUGUGCAGCCAGACCGGUCUUUGUGAUGGUGGAAGCUUCAGUGCCGAUACAGAGACCACCACCCUGGAGUCCUUCAUCCCUCCAGACUGAAGCUGCUCGA